GCGAGACAGAUGCAGAGUGUGAAUUAGAGACUGCUCAAGCCAAACGGGACCAGAAGCACCAUGGCCUGCGCUGAUGUUGAUAUGGACAUCCAUGAUGAGGAUGAUCGCCACAGAGGUGGACAGAGGGAGCAGCCAGUAGUGCGUUAUUAUCAGGCCUCUGAGAUGAUACCAGACAAGAAAGGGCCACUGCACGAUCUGAUGCAGAAACAUCCAGCUGUGUUGGGGUCUUUGCAGAUGGUGAGUGGCCUCCUCAGCAUCGGAGUGGGAAUAGUUUUUGCAGCAACCCAGGAGAUCCAUGAGUCGCUUUUCUCUCUGUUCAGAGUUUCCCAACUGAGCGGCUCGCUGUUCAUAAUCGCCGGAAUUGUUUCCAACCUGUUGUUCAAAUACCCAGCAUUGCUUAGUGUGUGCCUCACAGUAAACGGCGGCUGCAUUAUUGUGGCCUUUCUUGCAGUUCUUCUGAUAAGCGUCGACCUGGCCAAGUGGGAUCCACAAAAUGAAGAUCAUCUGAGGCAGAUGGAGAUACUGGAGCUUUGUGUACUGGGGCUUGAAGUUUCCCUCUCUGCAGUCCUCUGCUUCUGGUUCUCCAAAGAGAAACGUGCAAAAAACAAAUAAUCAAACUGAUGAAAUUUGCUGAGAAGAAAGUGAGGAUCAAUAAUACUAUACUGUAAAUAAAGUGUUUGAAUGAAGAGGAAUAGGGAACAAUAUAUUUAUGCUUAAAAGAAGUUAAGUGAUGCAAACCUUUAGCGUUUUCUAUAGUCUGAGUGUGGCUUUCAGUUUUGUCUCAAUUGUCUAUACUGGAGUACAAACCCCCGCUGCACAGCCUGGGCUGUGGUCUGUGUGUAAAGACUGACUCGGACUGAGAACACAGGACUUGUGGUAAACGAGUGUCAGCUUCUCUCAUGUGCAGGAAAAACCACUUUUUUUUUCUACUCAGCCCCUGCAUCUCUUUGUUUAACGGUAGUGCUGAGUCUCUUAGUUCACUUCUGUAUAUUUGCAAGGGUCUCUCUGUGUGUGGUUUUUACACUCAUACUUUUUUAUCAGUGGAAAUAUCGGUUGCAUGUUUUUGCGUGCACUCACACUUUUGAGAUGUUUUCACGCACUGAGCGUUUUGCUCAACUUUGAAGACUUUUGUGUGUAAAAGAACAGCUUCCCCCAGUGUAACAACAAAUACAACCACGUGUUUAAAACAUUUUAAUCUUCUGUACAAGGACUGACUGCAAGAGAAGUGCGACAGUACAACAUUGUCGGGAUUGGUCAGCUAUGUUUUGUUUUGUAAAAUACAUCUACAGUAUAAACACAUGGCUAGCUUACAAAAAAAAUGUACAGACCUCUGACGUACCAUCACGACAGCGUAUAUUAUGUGUCAGUUAUACAUUUACAGUAUUGUAACGAAAUGUCAUGUAAUAAGUUGCAUUUUAGUCAUUAAAGUUGUAGUGCUGUGAAGCUUUAA